UUCCUAUCCGCAUGAUAGAAAGGGAAAGUCUCUCCAGAACCAGAGAGCAAACCCCAUCAUCCAUAAUCCAAAGCAGAAUUUUCAGAACCUUCCAAAAAAAAAAAAUGGCUGAAAACCCAGUACGUUUUGGUAUCAUAGGAUGCGCGGAGAUAGCUAGGAAAGUGGCUAGAGCCAUGGAUUUAGCUCCCAAUUCAAUCCUCUACGCCAUAGCCAGCCGUUCGAUCGAAAAGGCUAAGAACUUUGCGGCCACAAAUGGUUUACCCGAGAACGUGAAAAUCUAUGGGAGCUAUGAUCAGGUACUCGACGAUCCAUGUGUGGAUGCAGUGUAUAUGCCACUACCCACUAGCCUUCACGUACACUGGGCAGUCUUGGCUGCCUGUAAAAAGAAGCAUUUGCUUUUGGAAAAACCGACGGCUCUUAAUGUGGCAGAGCUUGACCAGAUAUUGGAAGCAUGCGAAUCCAACGGUGUACAGUUCAUGGAUGGGAGCAUGUGGCUGCAUCAUCCUAGGACUGCCAAAAUGAAAGACUUGCUCUCUAAUUACUCUGGACAACUUAACUUCAUCCACAGCCAAUCAACUUCGUCAGCGACCCCAGAAUUUCUAGAGAGCAACAUAAGAGUGAAACCAGACUUGGACGCUCUUGGUGCGCUUGGAGACUCAGCCUGGUACUGCAUUGGAGCCAUCUUGUGGGCUAAGGACUACCAAUUGCCGACUACAGUAACUGCUCUGCCUGAUGUUACCAGGAACUUAGCUGGAGUCAUCUUGUCAUGCACGGCUUCUCUUCAUUGGGAUCAACCCGACACGACAGUUGCAACAAUUCAUUGCUCCUUCCUCUCCCACUCGUCCAUGGACUUGGCCAUUUGUGCUUCCAAAGGAUCCUUGCAUGUCAAGGACUUCAUAAUCCCAUAUCAAGAGCAUUCUGCUUCUUUUGACUUCACAUUGGACUCUAAGUUUCUCGAUCUCCAUAUUGGGUGGAGUGUGAAGCCUGAGGAAGUUUGCGUCACUUCUCAGCUUCCUCAAGAGGCUUUGAUGGUUCAAGAGCUAGCAAGACAAGUUGAGGGCAUUAGAAAAUCCCAGUUUCGCCCUGAUAGUAAAUGGCCUGGGAUUAGUAGAAAGACGCAGUUAGUGAUGGAUGCAGUGAAGAAAUCCAUUGAUCUUGGCUGCAAACCCAUUAAUUUGUAAAUUUUCUAGUGCUGAGUGAACAUUUUCUACCCAAUCAUGUAGCAGGCAUUAAGUAUGAGACCAUAUACUAUAUAAAGUCAAAGCUUAUAUAUAUA